AUGGUUCAUGGCGGCGCGUGGAGGAAGACGGCGCUUGUGGCGCUGUGCCAACUGUUUAUGACGCUCUCAGACGCCUCCGUCUCCAUCGUCGAGCGGGAUGUCGAGCCCAUCCUGUUCGAGACUUCUGCUGCUACGUCAGACUCGACUCCCGUUUGGGUGGUGCUGUCUAUGCUGCUGGACGUGCAGCCGGUGCUGAUGAAGCUGGACGUGACGCGCCACGUGCCGGCGCAGGUCCAGAGCUUCUGUCGCGAGCAUAACGUGGAUGUCACGAGGUGCACUGGGGCCAUUCGAGAGGCGCUGGAUGAAGUUGUGGACUUCCAGCGGUUCUGCAAGAAACCGAAUGCUGACAGUGCGCUGCCGGGGUUUGUGGUGGCCAAGCACGUACUUCGUCACGAUGGCGAGUCCACUUCGGCGUCUUGGCUGCAGAACGACCCGGAGGAUGUGGCGAUGGACUUCUGCGACUUUGCUCACAGUGGAGUUGAUGAAAAGAGUGCAGACAAGUGCGCGGAGAAGCUUGGCGCAGCGUUGAGGUUGGCAUUUGAUUGGAUGCUCGCGCUGACGCCUUGCGAUCAGGAGAGUGCAAGCAGCAGUGAAGUCCACUUACAAGACUCGGAGUCGCUGAACCUUGUUGAACGCCUUGCUACGGUUGAACAGAUGAUCGCUGAGCUUCACAAUCCCUUGGUGGAUGAGAGUGAAGCACCGACGGCUCAUGAGGCUGAAGCAGCGGGGCACCCUUCCGACGAAGACGUUGAUUCGGUCGAGGGGGUCAGCGAAGUCGAAGAACCUGCGGACGGUGAAGCUGUUGAUGAACUUUACGAAGUAGUCGAAGCCACCCAAGAUAACCAGGACGAACUAAUCGAGUUGAGCCAAGCCACCGCGUCUGACACCAGUCCCAUCAAGGAUUCAGGCUCAGACUCACAAGAAAAGGUUUUCGAGUCCGAGCAUGACGCCCAACUCCAAGCCAUUGAUCUGGACACUAUGGAGAGUGCGUUGCCAGCAGGUAACGGAUCGUGCGACGCUGCAUUUGAUGCAUUGCCGGAUGAAGCUACUGACGAAGCUCUGGAGCCGCAAAAGUCUUGGAAAGUUGGGGCUGCUCUUGUGCUGGCUCUGUCGAUCAUGUACUUGGUGAUCGAUCUGAUGCUUCAAUGGGCGCACUACGUGGCGGAUUAUCUCGGGGCUCAGAAGCAACUGAUCACUGUGCUUCUGCGUGAUAUUCUACUGCUGGUCGGUGGGGGCCCUCGUAGCACGCUCACAGAUUCGUACUCAAAUACAGAGGAUGACGACCUGAAGAAACCCGUGAAGGAGGAGCCCACAGUUUCACCACAGGCAGCGGAAUGCUGCGAGGUGACGAAAGUCCAGCAGCUAAGCAAGGAACCCAACGCAGGCAAGAGCCCGGCGAGCCGAGUAGCUGAGGACGACGCACCGAAGAAAAACUCCUCACCGAUACCAAGUUUCACUUGCGUCGCGAUGAUGCUGAUGGCUGGACGCCAAGCUCCAAUCUCCCACGACCAGUUCUCAAUGUCUCUACGGGCCUCAACCUUCGUGCAGUCCCACAAUGAGGAGACGUCUGCCCGUGAAGAAGCCGCUGGACACCGUAUCCAGAAAGUGUGGCGCGCUUUCCAGCGCAAGAGCUUGCCCAAACAAGGAUGUGGCAGCACGUUGAGCGCCUUGGUUAUUCCACACAAAACUGACCUCGGAAAGUCGCACCCCAGCACUCCGCUCUUCCAACUACUGCGGCUUAAAGGCAAGAAGGCAGCACAAACCCCUCGGGGCGACAAAGUGUCCGCAGGUUUCCACCGAUUGGUACCGAGCACCCUGCCACCGCUUUGA